AUGGUUGAAGGUUUUCCUCCUCCAUCACCAUCAUCAUCACCACCAACACGUUCACUUUUUAGUGAACAACGUCGAGCUCGUUCACGUUUUCGUCGUCGUGAAUUAGUUCAAGAAGAAGUUCGUAAAACAAUGUUAACUUAUAUGACAAGUUUAAAAGGUGAAAUAACUGAUGUUGUACUCGAAGAAAUGAUUGAUUAUUAUAAUAGUCAAACAUCAAAAUUAUAUCGUUUGGAAAAAGAAUUAGUUAAUUUAAAAAAUACAUCAUUACCAAUUUUACAAAAUGGUACAACAAUAAAUGAUUUAGUUGUACGUAUGUCAAAACAACAACGUUCAUUUGCAUCAAAUAUAUCACAAAUGGAAUAUAAAAUACGAAAUUUAACAAAUGUUUUAAAUGAUUUAUUAUCGGAAUUACAAAAACCUGUACAACAUGUUCGAAGACUUGUUUCAGUUAAAAAAGAUUUCGAAGAAAAUGAAACACCAACAGAUUGCGAUGAUAUACUUCGUCAACAACCAACACUUGUUACUCAAGGGAUAUUUCGUAUAAAACCAAGAUUAUCAUCUGAAUCAUUUGAUGUACAAUGUAUUUUUGAAAAUAAUACAGGAUGGACGGUUAUACAACAACGAAUAAAUGGUACAAUUGAUUUUUAUCGUGGAUGGGAUGAUUAUAAAAAUGGUUUUGGGGAUUUACGUAGUGAAUUUUGGUUAGGAAAUGAAAAAAUACAUCAAUUAACAAAUCAAGGACAAUAUCUACUUCAUAUUGAUUUAAAACCUUGGGAUGGUUCACUACGUACGGCUGAAUACGGAAAAUUUUCAUUAGAUAAUGAAAAUCAAAAUUAUAAAUUACAAAUUUCUCAAUAUCAACCAUUAACAUCUACAGCUGGUGAUUCGCUUUCAUCACCAUGGGAUAAUGCGAAUGGUGCACCAUUUUCAACAUUUGAUCGUGAUCAUGAUAAUUUAUUUUAUGAUAAUUGUGCUUUAACUUAUCAUGGAGCAUGGUGGUUUACGAGUUGUUUUCAAUCACAUCUUAAUGGUGCGUAUGUACGAUCACCACUUGCUUUACAAAAUACAGCAAGAAAUGGUUUACAUUGGAAUACAUAUGCACUGUAUCAUUCUAUGAAAGAAACAACAAUACGUAUUCGAAGACAACGUACAUCUGAAACAAAAAUUCUUAUGGCUCAAACAAAAAAAUCCGUUAGUGAAUUUAUUCAAGAUGCAUUUUGUCCCAUGGUUGCUGUUUUAUGCAGUUAUGAUGCUGAAAGUAUCUGUCGAAAAAAUAAUUUAACAUUUGCAGAAUUAAUUCAACCAUUCUGUCGUCUUCCAACUGAAGGUUUUAGUUUUUGA